AUGUUCUCCUUCUUUUCGCGGGGAACGUCAGGUAAGAAAGCUGUCUACGCCUGCGAAACUUGUGGUAUACAAUGCACGACAAACCACCGUUUGGAGCAGCACAAGCUCGGGAAACAACAUCUAGCCAAAGUGAAGGCUGCCGAGGCCCUUGAGCCUACUGAAAAGACGGUACAACAGUCAGGGCCGAGAAUGACCGUAAUAUUGGUCGGAAAAGCCAUGAAACGAUAUGAAAUCUCGCAUGAUGUUCUAUACAACGCUUCACCUUAUUUUCGAGACCUUUGCGACAAUCGCGCCGAGUCAGUCCGAGAAUCCAGCUUCCGGAUAGAGGAGGAAUGUGAACAAUUUGGGAUCUUCAUCUAUUGUCUUACCAAUCAGGAUUUGAAUAUUCCCACACCAGUAGGAGUGGUACCGGCAUUGCUAGAGCUAUAUUUCAUCGCAGCCAAAUACCAAGUCAGCUAUCUACAGGAUAGGAUCAUAGAUCAUUUACUAAUUAUGAAGCGCUGUCUAAAAGAAUGGGAUAUUAAACGAUUGUACGAGAAGACGAAUGCUACCUCGAAGCUACGUUGGCUUUGCGCUUGUGAUACCACAUGUCUUCUUCGUUUCCCAGCGAAAGAAAUACCUGCUUCGCAAGAUUCAAUUGAGUAUAAGUUACUGAGAGCAGCAGAAGAAUAUCCCGAGUUUGCAUUUGAUGUCUUCCGAGUUCAGCUGAUAUACAAUACCUCCAAUUGGCCGGAAACAUACAUGCAUGAUUUUCAUGCUUGCGAAUUUCAUUGCCAUGAGGCUGAAAGGCAGUGCUACCAUAUUAAUUUUGACGAAUCACCCAGACUUCCUGGUAGGUUUGUUGAUACACGAAAUUUAGAUGGUGCUUUAAGAGAUAGCUCAAAUGGAGAGGUCUUGGGAAAAAGACGACGUGAUCGAAAUGGUGCUGAGGGCAGCAACAAGAAAUUAGGAAAAAGAAAAGUUGAAGCGGAUAUGGUAAAGGAUGAGGAGCCCAACGUAUUGCAGGAACGGGGAACAUAG